AUGUUGACAGAUGACAAUUUUACAAAUCAACAAAAUUGUGAUAAUAUUUCAAUUACUAAUAUCGAUUCUCAUCCAACAUUAAAUUCAACAAUAUCAUCAAAUUCUAAACGUGAUUGGGUUUUAUUAAAUGUUGGUGGUAAACAUUUUAUGACAACACGUUCAACAUUAUCAAAAGAAGAAUCAUUUCUUUGUCGUCUUUGUCAAUGUGAACCUGAUCUUAAAACUGAUGUCGAUGAUAAAGGAGCGUAUUUAAUUGAUCGUGAUCCAAAUUAUUUUAAUGUUGUAUUAAAUUAUCUUCGUCAUGGUAAAUUAAUUCUUGAAACAAAUCUUGUUGAAGAAGGUGUACUUGAAGAAGCUGAAUUUUAUAAUAUACGACCAUUAAUUGAACUUGUUAAAGAAAAAAUUCGUGAAAGAGAUAGACGAAAACUUAAUGAUUGUACAACAAAUCGUGUUUAUCGAGUAAUACAAUGUCAAGAAAAAGAAGUAACUCAAUUAAUGUCAUCAUUAAGCGAUGGUUGGAAAUUUGAACAAUUAAUUGGUCAUUCACCUGUUGGUUCAAGUUAUAUGUAUCCUGAAGGUGAAUUUUUAUGUAUUGUUUCAAAACAAUAUGAUCGAGGAACACGAGAAGAUAAUAAUACUUCUGUAUCUGAACGUGUUAAAAUUUUACAAGAACGUGGUUCACGCAUGUGA